AUGAGCACAGAAACACCUUUCGAGUGGCUUCCAGAAUACGAUGCUGUCCUGGAACGAGUUGCUUCAACAGACGUGGUGGACACAGAGUGGUCAAGGUUGCGCGAAAUGCUCAAACACAAGAUUGGCAAGAACGUAGUCCUAUUUCUGUCACAGUCAAACGACGUGCUCCCUUCGCCCCCAGUCAUCACCUCACCACGACCUCUACCGUCCGGCGGAUUGAAGCUGCCCCCAUUCCCUCCGCGCCCGCGCAAUCCGCACAACCCAAACGAGGCUCCUAAGAGCAUUCUUUCUGAUAAUGAAGCGAACGAGUACAAGGAGAUUAUCCUCAAGCAACUAGACGAACUCGAAGGUACACCCUUCACGAUACAGCGCGUAUGCGAAUUAUGUCUGUAUCCCAGAAAGCACUACGGGAUAAUCGGCAAGUAUCUACGUGCAGUAGAGAAGACACUGCUGGUCACGUCAACAUGGGAUGCAUUCCCUGUGCCCACGGAAAGCGCGUCGCGAACCACGAACUCUAGAACUGGCUUCGACAGCGUGCUGCUUGCGUCCGCACCGCCAACGCCAAUGUUCUCGCCGAUUCCUUUCCUACAUGAUGAUGCGAGGCGCUCUAAGUCGCGCAGUCCCCCGCCGUCGCCCUUAACACUUCCGGCGUUGGCUACUGGAGGUACAAGUACAGCAUCACCUCAUACCGGUGCAGAGGGCGCAGAAACCCCUGCACUGGGUCUCGUCGACGAAUUGGAUGAUCCAAGCCCAGGACACUUGAGCGACCAUCCGCAGCCUCUGUCAGCGACAACGACCAUCGACCCAAAGCCGGUGGCAAGUCUUGCGGAACGUUUCAUUAAGUCGACGGAAGAGAAGCCAGAUGGAGACACAUCUACUGAAGUGGUAACUAUACCAAUGUCGGAGGAAAUGGUAGUGGAUGACCCGGAGAAGGAGAACAAGGCUAACUAG